AGGCCAGCCUCCAAGAGACUCUCCUGGGCUCCCCACAACCCCAGAGAUGCUUUCAGGAAAUGCCAUCAUUUUUCUAACCCUGGUCUGGGGGACCCUUGAGGGACAGACUAUCUCCCAGAUUUCGGAAUGUGGUUUUGCCUGUUCAGAGGGUGUGUCUUGCAAGAGCAAAGUGAACAGGAAUAUUUUUAACAGUUUCUGCCGGCAGCCACUGCCAUCGGUGACGCCAUCCGUCCUGGAGUCCCUGACACUGUCCACAACCACGAAGUGUGUCCACAGAGGGGCUUGUGCUCUGCAUCUCAGCGUCAGUGCUAGCCUUAUCAUGGAAGAAAGCCUUCGAGGCCUGGAGAUCUGCCUGCUGUCCCUGGACACACAAGAGACAAGGUGUCACAGCGCCAGGAUCCCCAAGGUCUCCAGCCAGAAGAUGGUGGGCAGAACGCUCCAGGUCCACUUUGACUGUUUUGAGGUGAGCGUGGCUCAGCACCUCUACGUCACCCUGAAGACCAUCCCCUAUUACUGUGAGGUCCAGAUCAGCCGUGAGUACCGAGUGGAAGACUGUACAGAUGCUGAUGUGGGAAGAAACAUCCCAGCCUGCUUUGCCGGGAGGCUCAACUAUAAUGUUGACCAUGCCCAGAAGGCCAUCAAGGUGCAUUUUGCAGACAUCCCUAGGAGUCAGGCCUACUACGUCCGGCUAUGUCUCAAGUGGUUUGCUUGUGAAGACUACAGUCCCCCAGUACUGGUGAAUGCAGAGCAGCCUGGGAAGGCAGUGUCCCUGAAGUAUUCACAACUCCUGCCGUGUCUGUGUAUCGAGGGCUGGGCUGCUGUCCCUGAUGCAGUGAGAAUCCAGAUUUGUCCCUUUGAAAAUGACACCAGAAUUCUGUGGGAUUACAUCUUCUACAACCCCUUCGCCCAGUCCCUGAGCUGGGAACCCCCCUGCCCUGUCCAGGGCCAGGUCCACCUGUGUGGGAUGUCAAAGACGGACGAUCUGUGCUGGGAGCUGAGCCACACAGGACGGACAGCGCCAGGCAACGUGCAUUACUUGCAGGUGGACCCCCAGCCAUGGCUUUGCAUGAAGUUCACAACCCUGCAAGGCUCUUGGGUGAGAUGUCCCUUUGCUGAUGGAAACUUUCCAGGCUGGAAGAUGAAGAUUCAUCAGUUACCGGACAAGUUCCGGGCCUCCUUCAUCUCGAGGAGCCCAGCCCACUUCCAGGUACAUCUCUGCAACCGGACUGAGCCUUUCCAUUGUCACGUGCUUGAGACCAUCUCUGUGGGAUCACAGGGAGAUGCAGAUGCCAUCGCCCAUGUUGACAUCCCAGAGGCGGAGGUCUGCUCCCCAGAUAUCUGCAUCCAGGGCUGGAGGACAGAUGUGGAUUACUCGGUUCCUGCACAGAUGUGUGACAUCAGAUGCAGUCCUACAGGAAGAGACAGCGAAGGCCACAUGACUCUCCUCUCACCAUCCACAGGGAUCCAGGGACUGGUGGUGACCCUCCCAGGAGCUUGUCCUGAGGCAGAGAAGAUGGUGGCAGAGUGGGGAAGCCCAGGAUGCCGAGAUGGACUUCCCCGGCUUCAGGACUGGCCAGCCUUGGACUGCUCACAGAAGGGCUGGAGCAGGUCCAGAAGAGACGAACAAAAACAAGGAAAAGAAAGGCCACCAUGAGAAUCAUCUGAGAAAACUGGGGGUGUUUUACUUGGAAAAGAGAAGACUUGGGGGAGACACAAUAGGUACCUUCGAGUCUUUGCAGUACUAUCAUCUGCAAGAGGAAUUGGAUUUGUGUUGCUUGGCCCCAGAGUGGGGAGAAUUGGAGGGGAUGGGGGGUAGAUGCGGAGGGAGAGAUUGCAGAAAAUCUUGCUGGAAUGAACUGUCCAAAAGUGGAACUUAAUAUUGGAAGGGGUAGUCAGCUCCCCAUUGGUGAAUGUCUGAGAGCAAAGUCUGACUGAGCAUUUAUCAUGGAUGCCAGGGAUGCUCAAGUACAGGUCAGUGCCCUUUAACCUCCCUCUCCUCCCUCCCUGAGAUGGGAGAUUCUGUGGCUUAGAAGCAGGUGACCUAGGAUUAUGGGCUAUUGGCUCUCAUGUUGGAGGACCUGACUUCUGACCCAAUGUGACCCUGUUCAAGUUACUUAACUUCCAUGAACCUCAUUUUUCCCAUUUGUAUGUGAGGGCAGGGGAUCAAUCCAUCACUUCAUCACUCCGCUGCACCUAAAGGAGCCAAUGAGACUCCUCAGCCAGGUGAGAAUAUCUCUAUUGCAUCAAUCAAAGGCUCUAGACAAGAUGGGGAAAGUUCGGGAUCCGUUUAGAAGUCCUUGAAGGUCAUUGGAUGAAAUGGAGUGAUGUUGGCUGGGAAGCAUAUUUGGAUUGCUUGAGAAUUGGACAUGCACGGGACUUGUACAGCCUCAGCGCGCUAAAUUGGACUUGGGCAGCUCAGUGGGAGAAGCCUCUAGCUGAGCCCCUGAGGUGGAGGUCUUUGGGGUGGGGAGCCCCUUGGCUCCCCCCCUCCUUUGACCAGAGGGGGAGCUUCUCCUUGGCAUCCAAGCAGCAGCGGUUGCUGGCAGUCUAUGCAGCAGGAGCUGGGGACAGACUAGAUCAAAGGAGGAAGGCAGGUUCAGUAUUCUAGAGCCUGGCACAAAGUUAAAACCGGCUUAUGGGGAACUUCAUGAGUACCCUAGGGGCUGGAAGAAGGGACUUCCAGCAGCCAGGAACUGGGGGAUGCCCUCUGGGUACACGAGCUCUCUAAGCCUGAACCUGCUGUCUGCUGCACUCUGUAUGUACUGGGGAGAGAGUGUCGGACUCUGAGGCGGACUUUUCCCUUUUUCUAAAAGCUAAUUAAGUCUGGCCGACUCACUGACACCUAUUGAUAAGUAUGAGAACGUUCAUUGCUAGGGGCUCAUGCAUUACAAUGUUAAAAAGUCACCCCCAGCCCCUCUUGGUUAACCCUAGAGCCCUAAGGGGACCCA